AUGGCUCCUCGACCAAAGUCUCCUGCUAGUUUAAGCUUAAUCAAUCAAGCUGACAACUUAGAGUGUGCGAACGAGAAUGAUUUGACUUUGUAUCAUGUACUUGUGUUGUUUCGUCAUGGUGAUCGAUCUCCAAUAAGUCGCAAUGUCAGCACUAAAGUAAAAAUGACGCAAAUCGAUACGGAGUUUUGGGCCUCUCGCUUGGCUGAUCUCAGCGUUGUUGAUGCGCUUAAUAGCGGGACACAAGUAGUGACUUUCCACAAUGGUAGAUGUAGUGAAGAAAGCUGCUAUGGUCAGGAUUUUAAGAUGCCUCCACCACCUAAGCAAGGUGGACGUUGGCCUUGUGGGCAGCUAACAGCCAAGGGGAUUGACAUGAUGAAGAAGAAGGGUGAAUGUUUACGAGAGAGGUAUAAAAAUUUGCUCAAUCAUAUGGAAGAUCCGACCCAACAAGUAUAUGUAGAAUCCACAAAUAUUCGAAGAACCAUUCGCUCAGCACAGAGUCUGCUGGCUGGACUCUUUCCCGACUACUUUACAAAUGUCGAUGCCGAGAAAAAGUUGGCGAUCAGAAAGAAUCUUGAGAGUCAAGAAACUCAACACAGUGUGCUGAUAAAUGGAGAGAUGAAGAAACAGGAGGUGUUUGUGAUCCACGCCGACGACUCCAAUAGUCUAGUGCCACAACAUUCCAAUGAAUUAUAUACCGAUCUAGGAAAAAUUCUGGAUGCAGAGAUUAAGAUGCAUGGACCACCAGGUUUUCAUGAAGCUUUACAAAAGGUAAGUACAAUCAUUGGCGCAGGAUCGGACAAGCUCAUUGGCUGGACAAGAUGUAAGUGCUAA